CGGACUGUUUCCUCCAAUUCUCCGGCUGCCAAUGCAAACUGUUCUGCGUAUUCUGGGGAGAAAGUCUGCUUAUUCCUCCACUUCUGCUGGGGCAAGAGAGACUUCUCUGGACCGAGACCCCGAGAAGACAUGCCUUCCAUUUGGCCUCUGCUUUUUCUUUUAAUGUGGAGUGGACAAGGACUGGAAGCUGCCACUGAUCCAGAAGUUGGUCCCCAAGGCAGCUUGGAGCAGGAUGAAUGGUGUGAUGACCACAGUGCAAUUCACCGGCGCUUGGAUGCCAUCCAGGAGCGAAUGGAAAAAACUGUUGAUUCUCUGGACUCGGAAGUCACCUCUUUGCUCAACACCGUAAGUGAAACAGCAUGGAGUGUCCCCCUUCCUCCUGGGUCUCCACAGGUGGAUCUACUUGAAGAUACCAGCUGAGCUUCACAGCGAUGGGUAAGAGCAUGGGCUGUAAGCAUAUACACAACGGACCCACAUCGUUCAUCCAAGGUGCACUUCAUAGGCUUGUCUUGUAGGCUUUUAAAUCAAGCUGCAGUAUGUAAGCUUGGACUGGACUAUGUUUGGCAAGAAAAGGUCUUCUGUGAUGUUGAGCAAAAUUCAGUCCAAAAUCCUAAGAUAAAAUUAACUCAGGAAGAAGCAUGGGAUCUCGAAGAGGUGGCUGUCAUGAAGAUGUAAGGAUGCCAGCAUUGUGUAAAACCAUUCAGAAGCAGCCUUGCCGUAAUGCUGAAGUAACUGUUGCGGAAUCCUGAGCAGCUUUUGAAUAAGGUGGUAGAGAAGGAAAGGAAGGUACAGGGACCAAGCUAUGAAGAUUUCCUUCCCAGGGCCAAUUGUGAUUUCUGAGACUGAGAAAGUACUCCUGGUAGAACCAAAUUAAGUGGACUGGCAUUAGAUUAGUCCAGCAUGCUGGGCUUUGGCAAGCUAAAUCUUGAUCGUUGCGAUUUAGAUUAAAUGCAGAUCACCCCUCCGUUGAAGAGUGCUUCAGGUGAGAGACACCUGAAAGCCUUUAAGCAGCAAUAAAAGGACAGUUACUUUACUUGAAAAAAAAGUGAAGCAACCCUCAGACCUGUCAUGCCAGCAUCUUCCUUAGCAGCUUCACACAGCAGCAUCCCAGAUGAUGUGGGGAUCCCUCCUCUUCCACAUGCCUCAUGUGGUCACCAUGGCAACAGAGCGGUAUCCAUGUCAUAAUGGCUCAUGUGUUUUCUCUUCAGGCAUCCCUCUUAAGCCUUCCCCAGACAUGAGUUCAGCCUUAACCAACCCACUGUCCUCCUGAUGGUUUGCAGAACUCAAAGAAUUCUUGACCCUUGGCUAUGCCAGCUGGAGGGCUGUGCUUCCAGCGCAUGGGAACUGAGAAACUUCCUUUCUUCACACUUUAUGUACAUGUGCAGAGCACUGCAAAGCUGGGGAGCAAAGGGCUCGCUCUUGACCUUGAUGAUCCGAGAGGCAAUAAAAAGGGGUGUUUACCAUUUAACCAAAAGCGUUCUUGACUUGGGGAAGACUAGGCAACAGGGCACUCUCCUAAUCUGCGAGAAGUUGACGGCCCUUCCGAACUUGGAGCACAACUCUCUGUGCUGGACUGCCUUCCCAGCUGGCACGGCCUUUGGAUAAGAAGGGUGGAAGCUGGAGUCCAAGCUAUCUGAGGAAGGCUGUAGCACUCAGCGUUUGGAUGCUCAGCUGAAGCAGCCAUUUUGAAGUGAGCUGCUUGAAAGGAAAUAUACCGAGCCCCCUACGUCAGCCACAUCAAUGGAGGCAUGGUGCUCAGGUCACAUCAUGGAAAGAACUGUGUGAUCUUCUUUCCUACCAUUCAACACAUUCUUGGAGGAGUGUCUCACUUAGUCUCCUGUGCAAAGAGCUGAAAACGGAUUCUCCACUUAUUUGUGCUGCACCACCCGGGCCCUCCGGAUAACACCAAAAGCUACUGGGAAGAACACCAAGGGCAUCUUCCCCCGAUGGUCUUCCGGUGUUUAGAUGCGGCAGUCCUUAUUCUGGGUAUUCCCUCAUUCCAUAUGCUGCAGUGCCCAUGAAGCCUGCAGCCGUCGGGAAGGACAUUCUCCUCCCCCCUUGGAGUGGGGAAGGGGAUGCCAGGGAGGAGAAUGUCAUGGGGGCUCAGUCUGCCCAUGCAGUUCCCGAUCCAGUAUCUUAUUCUUAUUUUGGACAACAAGGACUAGAAUAUUGUAUGAGCA